CGUGCAAACAUGAGACGUUGGACUCUCAUGGCGGCUAUAGCCCUGGCUGCAUCCGGGCUGGUAAACGGCGGAUCCCACGAGAAACGGCUGCUGAGCGACCUGCUGGAUACGUACAACGUGCUGGAGCGUCCUGUUGGCAAUGAGUCCGAUCCCCUCGUCUUGAGCUUUGGCCUUACACUAAUGCAAAUUAUCGACGUUACGCAAGAUUUCGCGGAAAAGGAAAACGGGAACGGAAGGAAACAGAGGGAUGAAACAGAAAUACGUGCCCCCGAUGCGAAAUCACCGUGGAACCUACAUGACGCAGGAAUCUCAAACAGCUGGCAACGAAUAAUUCGACCGGAACCCAGGUGUUGA